UUUUUAUAUUGUGAAGUGCGAUCUGUGAUUAUGUCGUAAACAUGUGGUAAACAUAUACAUUUUUUAUAUUUAAAAAUUCAUAAUAAAUUCAGUGUAAAUAUUUACAGGAUUACAAAAAAAAAUGGACCAAGAUAUUGCUAAAAAGCUUUUCCUAGAAGGCGGUACGUUUAUAUUCCUCGGGGUACCUCAAGAGACCCAAUUUGGUAUUGAUAUGCAAUGUUGGAAUACAGAUGAGGACUUCCGAGGAAUAAAAAUGAUCCCACCGGGUCUUCAUUACGUACAUUACUCCCCUGUGAGCAAAGGCACUGGCGAUGUUUCUCCAAGAUCAGGAUUCAUGCACUACUUUAAAAAGAAAGAAUUUCUUGUAAAAAUUUGGGACAAAAACUUAGAAGAUAUAAGUAAAGAUGAAAUAACAGAAGAAAGUAUCCAGCGUCUCAAAGACAAUUUGCUAAACUUGGACAAACAUUUAGCACCAUACCCGUAUGAAAUUUGGCAGAAAUGGAAAUUACUAACUUCACAGAUAACAGGUCAGUUAGCAGAGAAGCUGUCACCUGAAAGUGGUGUUAUUAGAGCAUCUGUUGAACUGCUCUCAAUGAGCAAUGAAGAGAGACCACGAGGAGUUAAAUUACCGGAAACUGAUCCUGAUAAAGAAUCAGCAGACAAUCCUACUUCAGGCCAGUCCACUGCUAAACGUGUUAAAAGGAUAACAAGGGAUGAAAAAGAGGAUUCAAUGCUUCCUAAUUUAAAACCUGCUCCUGGGGCUUCAAUGAGAUUUACAGAAAUACCAAGAGACAAAUACCCACCUGGAGCCACUCCAGGGGAAAUUACUAAGCAUUACUUGGACCAAUCAUAUACUUUAGAGCUAAUGAUUGCCCAACAUGAUGAACCCCUUCACAUCAUUGGUGAACUCCAGUUUGCAUACCUAUGUUUCUUGGUUGGCCAAUCCCUCGACGCUUUAGAACACUGGAAGAACCUCGUCAUGCUAUUAUGCUCCUGUGAAGAAGCCAUUCACAAAUAUAGAACAGUUUUCUUUCAUUUCAUACAAACCAUAGAAAUUCAGAUAGAAGAGAUGCCUGAAGACUUUCUAGCCGACAUUGUAAUGAAUAAAAAUUUAGUUUAUAAAAAAUUACGGGAGCUUUUCCGCACAGCACACAUAACCAAAGUGGAUGGUAGAUUACUGACAUCGAUUGAAAAGUUAAAAGAUAACCUGACUAAUAAGUUACAAUGGGAUUUUACGGAUCUAGACACAGAUGAUGAAGAUGAAAGACCUGUAGUUGUAAAAUUAAGGAAUGUAACUGAAUAAGUUUUAAUAAACAGAUUUUCAUAAAUUUCUGUAAUUCUAAGCUAACUACUUAAUUACCUCUAAACUACUACUACCACAAACUACAUAAGUAAUUUCUGCAUUUGUAAAUAUUAAGUACUGUGUACAUUAUUAUUAUUAAUAUUAUUAGACAAGUAUAAGAUCUAAUUUAAGAUAAUAAAAAAGACAGUUUUAUUGGAAA